AAUGCUUAUAUAGCAUUUCUUCAAUUCCGAAUUAAAUCAGUUGAUUGGGAACCAUUCAACGCCACGGUUAUAGUUCGAGAGUGAAAGUGCAGAAGAUUUUGAAGACACAAUGAAAUUAUUUUUGGCUUUGUUGGCCAUUGUUGCCUGUGUCUCGGCCGACGAUUGGACACCCAAGACCGCCGAUGAAAUCAAAACCAUCCGCGCUGCUUGCUUGGAAGAAGUUCCCCUGACCGAGGAGCAAAUGAAUCACAUGAAAUCUUUCGAUUUCCCCAAUGAGGAAGCUGUACGCAAAUACUUGAUGUGCACCUCCGUGAAGAUGGACAUCUUCUGCACCCACCAAGGUUGGCAUCCCGAUCGUAUUGCCAAACAAUUCAAAAUGGACAUGGAAGAGAGUGAUGUCAAGAAAUUGGCCGAUGAUUGUGUUGCCAAAUACCCCAAGGCCGAUAAGGAGAAUGAUGUUCAUGUCUAUGAGGUUCAUAAGUGUCUUAUGGACAGUGAAGUUGGCCAAAAAGUCAAAACCUACAUUAAGAAACGUCAAGAACAAUUGUCGAAACAGGCCUAAAUAAAAUGAAUAUCUUAAAAAAAGA